AUGAGUUCGCGGACGUCAUUGAUGAUGACAUAUGUCCGCCGCUUCGUCAGCAUGGGCACUUUCGAGCAAAGUUCUACUCUUUACAAAUCCACAUGGGACCGUAGUUGGCAACAGCUUUCGCCAAGCAGGCGAGAAUUCAUUCCGACUGCGUUGCCAAACCUUCCGGUGUUGGCUAACUGCCAACUUCCGGAUAUUCAGGUUCUCCGACGAUCAUUAUCGUGGACUGAUUCAUCUCUAGCAUAG